AUGCAGGGCUGGCGGGUGGAGAUGGAGGACGCGCACACGGCGGUGGUGGGGCUGCCUCACGGACUGGCCGACUGGUCCUUCUUUGCCGUGUACGACGGUCACGCCGGUUCCCGAGUCGCCAACUACUGCUCCGGCCACCUCCUGGAGCACAUCCUCUCGGGGGGCGCGGACUUCGGCUCCAGCCCCUGCUCCGUGGAGGGCGUGAAGGACGGGAUCCGCUCCGGCUUCCUCAACAUAGACGAGUACAUGCGCAGCUUCUCUGACCUGCGGCAGGGUCUGGACCGCAGCGGCUCCACAGCGGUGUGCGUGCUGCUCAGCCCCUCCCACCUCUACUUCAUUAACUGUGGCGACUCGCGGGCCGUGCUGUGCCGCGACAGCAGUGUGGGCUUCUCCACGCAGGACCACAAACCCAACCUGCCGCGGGAGAAGGAGCGCAUCCAGAAGGCGGGCGGUUCCGUCAUGAUCCAGCGGGUCAACGGCUCGCUGGCCGUGUCCCGUGCGCUCGGGGACUACGACUACAAAUGUGUGGACGGUAAGGGCCCCACGGAGCAGCUGGUGAGCCCCGAGCCCGAAGUGUGCGUGCUGGAGCGUGCUGGCGAUGGCGACGAGUUCAUCGUUUUAGCCUGCGACGGGAUCUGGGACGUGAUGAGCAACGAGGACGUGUGCGAGUUUGUGCGCUCCAGACUGCAGGUGUGCGAGGACCUGGAGAAGAUCUGCAACGCCGUGGUGGACACCUGCCUGCACAAGGGGAGUCGGGACAACAUGAGCGUGGUGCUGGUGUGUUUGCCCGGAGCUCCAAAAGUGUCAGAAGAGGCGCUGAAGAAGGAGGAGGAGCUGGACAAGUACCUGGAGACACGUGUACAGGACCUCCUGGGCAGCUGUGGAGAGAGCGGACUGCCCGACCUGGUGACGGUUCUGAGGAGCAUCGCGUCUGAGAACAUCCCCAACCUCCCACCGGGCGGAGGUCUGGCCAGCAAACGCAGCGUAAUCGAGGCUAUAUACAACAAGCUGAACCCGCACAGAGAAGAAGAAGGGGCCUGUGCGGGGGGAGAGGAGGAGGCGGUGGAGAGUGAGGAGGGAGGCGGCUGUACGGCGGCCCACCUGCUCCAGGCCCUGCGCCACUUCCGCAUCAACCACCGGGGGCAGUAUCGCAGCGUGCUGGAGGACACGCUGGCCUCGUACCGCCUGCACGAUGCGGAGGGAGAAGAUGCGGAGGGUGGUCACCAGGACGAGAACCGGCCCGCCUCCCCUCCCUCCCCCCCCCUCUCCCCCACCUUCACCCGCCACUAUGGAGCUGGAGGCCGGCUCAGAGGAGACCACGCCCGCCACAGACAGACCACGCCCCCACAUGCCUUAACACGAAGCCCAUUCCCGAACGACAGAGCUUGA